UAUGUCAGUAUACAGGAAAGACAUUCCUAAAGUUUCUCUCUCUCUCUUCUUAUCUAUUAGAUAGAACAGCACCAAUGGCGGAGAGAAUCUUCAAGUACGUUGUCUUAGGAGGCGGCAUCGCCGGUGGUUAUGCUGCAAGGGAAUUUGCUAAGCAAGGGGUUAAGCCAGGCGAGCUUGCAAUUAUUUCAAAUGAAGCGGUUGCUCCUUAUGAACGUCCAACACUCAGCAAAGGCUACCUUUUACCUGAUUCACCACCAAGACUACCGGGAUUUCAUGUCUGUGUUGGAAGUGGAGGUGAAAGAUUGCUACCAGAGUGGUACGUCGAGAAAGGAAUUGAAUUGAUUCUAAAAACAGAGAUAGUUAAGGCAGAUCUUACUUCCAAGACUCUCACUAGUGCUGCUGGGGAAACAUUUAAAUAUCAAAUUUUGAUCAUUGCUACUGGUUCGAAUGUGAUAAAGCUGUCUGAUUUUGGUGCACAAGGGGCUGAUUCGAAAAAUAUCUUGUAUUUGAGAGAUAUUGUUGAUGCUGAUCUACUUGUUGAAACCAUUAAACAAAAGAAGAAUGGAAAAGUAGUGAUUGUUGGGGGAGGAUACAUUGGUCUAGAGCUUAGUGCAGCAAUUAACUUAAACAAUCUCGAUGUCACCAUGGUUUACCCAGAACCUUGGUGCAUGCCACGCCUUUUUACAGCUGGAAUAGCUGCUUUCUAUGAGGGUUAUUAUGCAAAUAAAGGAAUCAAGAUCAUUAAAGGAACUGUAGCGGUUGCUUUUACAGCCGACUCUAAUGGAGAGGUAAAGGACGUAAAACUCAAGGAUGGUAGAACACUCGAAGCAGACAUUGUUGUUGUUGGUGUUGGAGGAAGACCUCUUACAGCUUUAUUCAAAGGACAGGUUGAAGAAGAGAAAGGUGGCAUAAAGACUGAUGCAUUCUUUCAAACAAGUGUUUCUGGCGUGUAUGCUGUGGGCGAUGUUGCUACUUUCCCCAUGAAAAUAUAUGACGAAUUGAGAAGAGUUGAACAUGUUGACCAUGCCCGAAAAUCUGCUGAACAUGCUGUUAAGGCAAUCUUUGCAAGUGAGCUUGGGGAGACAAUUGAUGCUUAUGACUAUCUUCCCUAUUUCUAUUCCCGUUCCUUCAAUCUUUCAUGGCAGUUCUACGGGGACAAUGUGGGUGACACGGUACUGUUUGGAGACAACAACCCAGCGAGCGACAAGCCCAAGUUUGGAUCUUACUGGAUCAAAGACGGGAAAGUUGUUGGUGUGUUCUUGGAAGGUGGGACCGCUGAAGAGAACAAGGCUAUUGCCAAUGUUGCUAGGAUCCAACCGUCUGUUGAGAGUUCUGAUGCUUUGGCCAAAGCAGGACUUUCAUUUGCAUGUAAGAUUUAAAUAAAUAAUUGCUGUCUCCUCCUGAUGUUUUUAUUUUAUUCUUCAAAAUGAACCUAUCCCUGUUUAUGCAUUGUAGAAUAAGUUAUGUUACAAUAUAUUUGUAUUGGGACUUGGUAUGUUAUCUUUUCUACCUGCCUUGUAGAGGAACGGGCCAUUAAUAAAUAAUAUAUAUGAAUUAAUGCUUUUUCUGACUUUGGAUUCA